AUGCCUCCAGCUUCGAGUGAGGAAAGUAAAGAAGCCAAAGAAUCGCAGCAAAAAUCACCUCAAGUAGACCGUAGACUGAUUUCGAUAUGGAGCACAAUGACUGCAGAAGAACAGGAGUACAACCAAGGGCAUCUCCAAACACAACAUUUCCAAACAAGGAGUUUGGAGAUGGAACCGUGUCUUCAAUUUUUCUGUUGCCAAAAACUUGGGCACUCAUCGUGUGGAGUAGAAGGUGGCAUUAUUUGUGCAUUCGGUGAUGCGGAAGAUCAGCACUAUUGUGAUUCAUGCGUGCAAAUUUAUGGGAAGGAGAGACUUGACAUUCUCAUAGUCCAAGGAUGGUGCAAGCAUUGCUUGGAGAAUUACCCCGUCAAUAGAGCACACAAGUUCGCUAGGAAGCCUUGGCAUUCUGAACGUCUGAAAUGUACGAUAAUCGAAGACCUCUUGUCGAAAGAUGGAGGAUAUCAUCGAAAAGUAUGCAACAAAUGGGACGCAAAAGCGAAAGCGAGAAUGUGGAUUCUCACCGCAAAGAAAGAACUUUGA